GGCGUGAAGAUAGUGACUAACGUUUAACAAUGAAAUCACAGUUGUUGUUCCUGUGUUUGGCUGUUGUUUGUUUUACUUACAGGACAAGUGCAUACGAUUCUUGCAAAGACAUAUACAUGGCCGACAACCGGAACUCAAAUGGAAAUUACGUCAUUCAUCACAAUGGGAACGCAAUCAACGUUUAUUGUUCAUUCGAAAGUAACUAUGGUUACACAUAUAUCUCUAAGGCCUCCCACAGUUCCACUGUAGAUAUGAGUUUGUUGUUCACAACAAGAGAUUUUGCCAAAAUCCGACUCAGACGAAGCAAUGGCGAACAACGAGAGGUUAUCGUUGAGAAUUUGUCUUCAUUUAAAAGCUCGUCGACGUUAUAUUUUGGCUACAACGCCCAUACUUCCUAUCAAGGACCAGAUAGCCGGAACUCAGCUUUAAAACCGUACUUGUUUCUCGGCUUUUUACCUGAGAGUUUAGUAAGAAACUAUGGAACACAAGGGUUCCGUGCAGCUGGAAAGGACUUUACGUUUUCAAAUUGUGAUGCCAAUCCAAACAGUUAUAUCUCAUUUUAUUAUAAUCCUAACAGUGCUUCACCUGGAAGGCUGGGCGAUUCCAAUAGUUUCAUGACGGGUUGGAUCGAUUCGUCUACAGUACUGUCAGCGAACAAACAUAUGGAUACUGAUUUUUACUUUGACUGGGAAAUGCAUAUGGGCGGAUGUGGUGGUUUCAUGACGUCACACUAUUUGUCAAACAGCAGAGCGGCACUUGGAUUACCUUUCAGUAUACAACCAUGUGACGGUGUAAUUUGUCAAAAUGGUGGGAGUUGUGUUGCGUCCGGGUCAUCUGGCACGUGCAGCUGUACCGGGAAUUACUUCGGAGACAGAUGUGAAAAUCUUAACGGUGGUUGGACCGACUGGUCUAGUUGGGAAAUAUGUUCUGUUGAAUGUGGAGGUGGAACACAAUCCAGUGGACGUACUUGUACUAAUCCACAACCUGUUGGAACUGGUGUAGCAUGUAGUGGACUAUCAACACAAUCAAGGUCAUGCAAUACUGAUCCAUGUCCAGUUAAUGGUGUAUGGAGCGAUUGGGAUGCAUUUGGUACCUGUUCAGUCUCAUGUGGGGGUGGUAUCCAGUACUCAUCCCGUCACUGUAAUAAUCCUGAACCUGAGCACGGAGGACUUGAUUGUAUUGGUGAAGAUUCUAAGUCACAGUCUUGCAAUAUGCAGGGAUGUCCAGUUGAUGGCAGAUGGACAGAAUGGUCCGCAUGGAGUGACUGUCCAGUUACCUGUAGUGGCGAGGAUCUAAUUAGGAGUAGAUCUUGUACCAACCCUUCUCCAGAAAACAACGGGAAAGAGUGUGAAGGAAGCCAGACAGAAGUGAUGUCGUGUUAUACGGCAAAAUGUCCAGUGAAUGGAGAAUGGACAAGCUGGACAUCAUGGUCAAACUGUCCGGAAACGUGCAAUGAUGAAACUUUAAAUCGGACCAGAUCCUGUACAAACCCAGAACCUGAUAACAAUGGAAACGAUUGCGAGGGAGUUGAUAUAGAAUUCAUCACUUGUCUUACAGCAAAAUGUCCAGUGAAUGGCGAUUGGAUAAAUUGGUCCGAAUGGAGUGACUGUCCAGUUACUUGCAGUGGUGAGGAUCUUAUAAGGAGUAGAUCAUGUACCAACCCUUCUCCUGAAAACAAUGGAAAACAGUGUGAAGGAAGUAACUCAGACGUGAUGUCGUGUUAUACGGCAAAAUGUCCAGUAAAUGGACAAUGGUCAACUUGGAACUCAUGGACAAACUGUCCGGAAACGUGUAAUGAUGAAUAUCUAAAUCGAACAAGAUCCUGCUCAAAUCCUGCUCCCGAAAACGAUGGAACAGAUUGUCACGGGAAUGAUACAGAGUUUAUGUCUUGUCACACUGCAAAAUGUCCAGUUAAUGGUGGAUGGACUGAUUGGUCAGUCUGGAGUGAUUGUCCAGAAACUUGCGGUGAUGAGGACCUGACUAGGUCUAGGUCAUGUACAAAUCCUUCUCCGGAAAAUAACGGAAAAUCUUGUGAAGGAAGCAAUUCGGAUACAAUGUCAUGCUACACGGCAAAAUGUCCAGUUGAUGGAAACUGGACAAAUUGGACACCUUGGACUGAGUGUCCAGAAACCUGCAAAGAUGAAAAUCUAAACAGAACACGAAUCUGCUCAAACCCUAUUCCAGAAAACAAUGGAAACGAAUGUAUGGGGAAUGAUACAGAUUUCAUGUCAUGUCAAGCAGCAAAAUGUCCAGUGAAUGGAGAAUGGUCAUCAUGGUCAUCGUGGACUGAUUGUCCAGACAGUUGUGACGGAGAGAUAUUGUCGAGGGAGAGAAAUUGUACAAACCCUGUACCGACAAAUGGUGGAAGAUAUUGCAUUGGGAAUGAAACAGAUACAGCAUCGUGUGAAGCAGUAGGAUGUCCAACUAAAGGCGAAAUCUCACAAGACAUGGGAAGUGGAUUCACGCAAAUUCGCCUCAACUGGAGUCUUAUUGGAAUUCUAACGGUAGUAAUAGCUGUGUUAAGAAGAUUCUCAUAUAUAUAAGUGUGUCAUCUGCAUAACUGACAAUUGUUUGAGUUUGAUUGUGUAGUACAACUAAUUUAUGAAGAAGAAAAAAAACUAGAAAAUUAAUGA